CUUCGCUAUCAGAUUGCAGUUUUAGUUCUCUAUAACUACCCUUAUUCAAGGUGCUGUGACGAGUGAAUUGAACUCGACUGCCUUUGUUAAGGGCCUCGUCAUAAUGACCACUGCAAUGGAUUCACCAGGCCCCAACAAAAUGAGAGAAAUGGCAAUCACCGUCGCGUUCUGCCUCGGAUGGGCGUGUGCGUCGUCAGGGAUGAUCAUGGUCAACAAGCACAUCCUGAGUGAGCUUGAUUUCAAGUUCCCCAUUAUUCUUUGUAGCCUGGGGCAAUUCUCCUCCAGUAUCCUGGCUGCUCUGGCAAUAAACAUGGGCUGGUCAGAGCAAAACGUCACCUACCGCCCCGAUGCUUACCUCAAGUCAGUAGUUCCCAUUGGGCUCUUUGGCGCAGGCACACUCGCCACCGGCAACGCCGUUUAUAUGUAUUUGUCCGUGGCAUUCAUACAGAUGCUCAAGGCCGGAACACCGGCAACUACGAUGGUGGUGAUGGUGCUGUUUGGCCUGGAGACCGUCCGCAAGGACUUGAGUGUGGCUGUGGGAGUCAUCUGCCUGGGCUGUGCCAUGUCGGCUGUCGGCGAGUUACACUUCUCGACGAUCGGUUUUCUGCUGAUGAUGGCUUCAGAGGUGUUCGAAUCUCUGAAGUGUGUGCUGACGCAGGUGCUUCUGGAUAAGAAGUUUUCGGGACCUAUUGAGGGCCUGUACCACAUAUGCCCCAUCACAUUCGUCUGUCUGAUAGUGCUGGCAGCGCCCUUUGAGCUCGGCACGUUUGUCGAGUCCGAGGCGUACAACAUUAUGUUGGCUAGCCCUCGGUACUUCUUAUUCUCCGGUUUGGGCGGGUUCGCGUGUAACUUGUUGACAAUGGGGGUCAUUAAAAGGGCCAAUUCCUUGACUUUCAAGAUCCUGGGACAAGCCAAGAAUGUUGCUGUGGUGUGCAUGGGUGCCAUUUUCCUCGGAGAAUCCGUAACACCUAUCCAGACCGUUGCGUACAUCAUCUCGAUCGCCGGCUUCUUCCUGUAUCAGCAAGCAAUGGCGAACAAAACAGAUAAUAGCGUCCACAUCAAAGCAUCCGUGCAACUGUUGCCUCUCGCUAAAGUCGACACGGACAGGCCUUAAAGUCAGACACCCUGAUCUUACCAUAUUGGGUCGGUAUUGCAUACGCGUGGACAUACCCAUGGCGGAAUAGAGAAUACAUACCACACAACUUCCUGUGAAACGUCUCUACGUAUCGGAAGCAGGAAGCUAACUCUCAGUAAUUGUUUGAAAAAGAAUAUCGACAGGGGCAAGGGUCUUCCGCAAGUACUCGGGGUUACACUCAUUCUCUCUGUGUUGUAGGGAUUCUAUGCUAGAAAGCUCCUAGCACACACACACCUGCGCAUUUGUAUAUAUAUAUAUACUUAUGUAUGUAUGUAUGUAUGUAGAAUGAGUCUAUAUUUGUAUGUGUACGUAUGAAUGUAUGUAUUUAUAUGUAAAUAUAUCCCUGGAAGGCAAUCCUGGAACACAUUGCGUGGAUACUCAUGCUUCAGUUUGAAUUUUCGGGACGACUUCAUUUUGCGCAACAAACACCACAGUCGGGGGGUGUCAUUGUGCCACGGAAGUGGUGCGUGCGUAUGAUGUAUACCGGCUUGAGCCACCAGGAAAGUAUUAUUUAACAUAUACAGCGGCAUGGUGUUCUGAGUAAUGAGUGUUGUAUGAGAUAUCAUUGCGAAAUGAGAUAUCAUUGCGAAAUGAAGCCACAAGUAAAUUCGAAAUUCGAGAUAAAAUGAACAUGAGAGUGAAUGAUAAAAUACAACCAAAUCUGUUUGUUGCAUACUUUGCCUUUUACUAAAGCAAACUACUACCAAAUAAAUACAAUGCUGCAAUUGCGCUUGGAUACUAAUC